AUGCCGCAUCCGCAACUACCAUCAGCAGCCGUCGCGAAGCCGCCAUGUGUGAGAGCGAGCUUGGGACAUCCAUCAGGCGUGCAGCUCGCGACUUCCAAGGCAUUGAGAAAGUGUGAUGACCAUCUGGCUGCCCUGGCCAGUGAGCUGCGCAAACUCCACGACAUGCUCGAGGCACCACGCACAGAGAACGAGGAGCUGGCGUCGUCCGGCAAGAUGGAGCCCGUGUGCUUUGAGAGCGACACUGAGAGCGACGAGGUGCAGGGAGUCAGCUUGAAGGAGGCGCAGCCUCACCCAGUUCUGCACAAGAAGGCGCUGAAGACGUCCCAGCAGGUGCGGCGUGGUCCGGUCCUGCUCCGGCCGCUGCAGCCCUCAGCCUCUGUGCUGGAUCCAAAGCGGAUCAGCGGCCAAUCGGGCCAGGGGCAGAGUGGUGCCAGUGGCUUUGUCGGCAAGCUCCUUGAGUUUGGCCCGCCAAUUGUGAUUUUGCUGAAUGCCAUUACAAUCGCGCUGGACAGUGACGUCAUAGAGAAUGAUUCAAUCCUUCGUCUGGUCGAAUGCUGCUUCGCAAUGUUUUAUCUCCUGGAGUUCAUGAUCAAGCUCGGACUCCUUGGCUGCAGGGGCUACUUCUGGGCAGAAAACUGGACAUGGAACUGGUUUGAUUUCCUUUGCCUCCUGUGCGCGCUGUUGGAACUCAGUGCUGUGAUUGUUUCUGUCCUCGGCUUCACCUCCACACCUUUUCUCGAAGAUGUGACGGUGGUGCGGGUGUUUCGCUUGGGGCAGUUGCUCGGCUGGUACACCCAGCCCGCAAAGAAAAGCGAAACGAUGCAGCAAGAGACGCUUAUGGACCAUGUUGCCGAGUUGAUGAGAACCGUCCGCGUGCUGAACUUCAAGAUGUUUGGCGAACUCCGUCAGAUUACAUUAGGCAUCAUGAAUGGGUGUGGCGUGCUCUUCUGGGCAGUCGUGCUCCUGUUCGCAGUCAUCUAUGUAUUUGGCAUCGUCAUGCGAAAUCUCGUCGGUGACGCGAUGGAAGAGUUCAAGAACAUCCCCAACUCCAUGUUCACUUUGUUCCGUUGCUUCACGGAUGGUUGUUCGGACUAUGCCGGAACACCAUUGGCAGAGCGAUUGCGCAUCGUGUACGGAGCCCCUUUCACCCUGGGCUAUGUCUGCGUCACCAUGCUGGUCGCUGUGGGCAUCUUCAACAUGAUCAUGGCCAUUUUCCUUGAGAAUGCCACUGCGUCAGCUGGUCGGCGCAAGCAGCGACCCUCGAACUGGAAGAUACAGCCUUCCUGCGGAUUCGAAAUAUGA